UACAGCCAUUAGUUCGUUUAUAAAAGUCAAUAAAUUAAGUAUCAUGUGGAUUUUUUUAUAUCUUAGUUAUCUUAUCUAAAAGUCAGACCGGGGGGGAUCACGGGGAGUAGGACGGGAGCCGCUGUGGUCGUGUUGAGAGUGUGGGGGUGACCCCUGAGGAGGGCAGUGUGGUGGCUCUGCCCGCCCGCCCGCUCUCCCCUAUAUGGCUGUGGAUUAGCUGUAUGCUAAUGUGGUGGUGAGGAGGAGAGGAGAAGCGACGCGGCGCUGCCAGCGGUGGCUUUCUGGGAGUCCAGGCAGGCUCUUCUACAGCCAUGGCUGAAGGGGGAGAAGGAGAAGACGAAAUUCAGUUCUUACGAACUGAUGAUGAAGUGGUGCUCCAGUGUGUCGCUACCAUUCAGAAGGAAAACCGCAAGUUUUGCCUCUCAGCAGAGGGACUUGGAAAUCGACUGUGUUACCUAGAGCCUACCUCGGAAGCCAAGUAUGUUCCCCCUGACCUGUGCAUAUGUAACUUUGUGUUGGAGCAGUCGCUCUCAGUGCGGGCCCUGCAGGAGAUGCUGGCUAACACAGGGCAAAAUGGGGAAGGAACUCCUGAUCAUGACCGAUGGGCAGGGCAGGGGGGCGGACAUCGGACACUGCUGUACGGUCACGCCAUCCUACUGAGGCAUUCCUUUAGUGGAAUGUAUCUGGCCUGUCUCAAGACUUCAAGGUCUUUGACUGACAAGUUGUCAUUUGAUGUAGGCUUGCAAGAGGAUUCAACAGGGGAGGCUUGUUGGUGGACCAUCCACCCAGCCUCAAAGCAGAGAUCUGAGGGUGAAAAGGUUAGAAUUGGUGAUGAUCUCAUCUUAGUCAGUGUGUCUUCAGAGCGGUUCCUGCACCUGUCCAUGUCCAAUGGAAAUAUACAAGUGGACGCUUCUUUUAUGCAAACACUGUGGAAUGUGCAGCCUACCUGCUCUGGCAGCAACGUGGCAGUGGGAUAUUUGUUGGGUGGGCAUGUGAUACGUUUGUUCCAUGGGCACGAUGAGAGUUUGACUGUACCAGGAUCUGAUCAGUCUGGGGAACAGCAGAGGGUGGCGAACUACGAGGCUGGGAAAGGAGGGUCCAGGGCCAGGUCUCUGUGGAGGUUGGAGCCACUUCGGAUCAGUUGGAGUGGAAGCCAUAUUCGAUGGGGUCAGCCCUUCCGCUUGCGGCAUCUGUCUACUGGACACUACCUGGGUCAGACAGAAGACCGUGGCCUAGUGCUGCUGGACAGAGAGAAGUCUGAUACCACUGCCACAGCUUUCUGCUUCAGGCCAAGCAAGGAGAAAGUGGACUCUGGCUCAAAGCGGGAUAUUGAAGGCAUGGGGGUGGCGGAGAUCAAGUAUGGAGAUUCUGUUUGCUUCAUCAUGCACGUGGCUACAGGCUUGUGGCUCUCCUACCAGGCACCGGAUGCAAAAUCCUCUCGCUUGGGGCUGCUAAAGAGAAGGGCCUUCCUCUAUCCAGAAGGCCAUAUGGACGACGGUUUAAUUCUGCAGCUCUGCCAGCACGAGGAGUCCAGAGCGGCCCGCAUCAUCCGUAACACCACACAGCUCUUCACACAGUUCAUCAGUGGGCUGGACGAGCUGAAGGGUGAGAAGGCCUCGGAGGUGAGCCUGCCUGUGGGAGAAGUGAUGCAGACACUCGACGACCUCAUCACGUACUUCCAACAGCCUGACCCUGACUUGGAGCACGAGGAGAAACAGAGACAGCUGCGCUCACUCAUCAAACGCCAGGACCUCUUUAAAGAGGAGGGGAUGCUAACACUUGUCUCAGUCUGCAUCGACCGGCUCAACGUUUACAGCAGUGCAGCUGAGUUUGAGGAGUUCGCUGGCGAGGAAGCUGGAGAAGCCUGGAAAGACAUCCUUAACCUCCUUUAUGAGCUUCUUGCUGCCCUGAUCCAAGGAAACAGACCCAACUGCACUCAGUUCUCCCGCAAACUGGACUGGCUGAUCAGCAAACUGGAGCGACUGGAGUCCUCUUCAGGCAUUCUUGAGGCCCUGCACUGUAUCCUAACAGAGAGUCCAGAGGCUCUGAACAUCAUCCAGAAAGUCCACAUCAAAUCCAUCAUCUCUCUCCUCUACAAGCACGGGCGUAACCACAAGAUUCUGGAUAUUCUCUGCUCUCUCUGUGUCUGCAAUGGAGUGGCAGUAAGAACCAAUCAGAACUUCAUCUCUGAACACCUGCUUCCCAGGAGGGAUGUGCUUCUCCAGACAAAAUUGGUCAAUGAUGUGCAAAGUAUGAGACCCAACAUUUUCCUGGGCAUGAGUGAAGGUUCGGCGCAGUAUAGAAAGUGGUACUUCGAGCUGAUAAUCGAUCAAGUGGAUCACUUUGUGACCGGCGAACCCACACAUCUUCGCGUCGGCUGGGCUACCACUAAAGGCUACGCUCCGUACCCAGGAGGUGGAGAGGGCUGGGGAGGGAAUGGCGUAGGUGAUGAUCUCUACUCCUACAGUUUUGAUGGUCUUCAUCUGUGGUCAGGGCGAAUCCCACGAGCCGUGGCCUCCAUUAACCAGCACUUGCUGACCUCGGAUGAUGUGGUAAGCUGCUGUUUGGACCUCGGCGCCCCCAGUAUGUCCUUCCGCAUCAACGGCCAGCCUGUGCAGGGAAUGUUUGAGGACUUUAACACGGACGGCUUCUUCUUCCCCGUCGUCAGCUUCUCAGCAGGGGUCAAGGUUCGUUUCCUGUUGGGAGGUCGCCAUGGUGACUUUAAGUUCAUGCCCCCAUCAGGCUAUGCACCUUGUUAUGAGGCUCUGCUUCCAAAGGAAAAAAUGCGCGUGGAGCCUGUGAAGGAGUAUAAGAGAGAUUUAGAGGGAGUGAGAGACUUGCUGGGCACCACCAAAUUGCUUUCUCAAGCCUCCUUCAUCCCCAUACCAGUCAAUACCGCCGAGAUUGUUCUGCCUCCACAUCUUGAAAAUGUGCGUGACAAACUAGCUGAGAACAUCCAUGAACUGUGGGGUAUGAACAAAAUCGAGCUUGGCUGGACUUAUGGCAAGAUACGAGAUGACAACAAGAGACAGCAUCCCUGCCUGGUUGACUUCUCCAAGCUGCCUGAAACAGAAAAGAAUUAUAACCUGCAGAUGUCGACUGAAACCUUAAAGACCUUACUAGCUUUGGGAUGCCAUGUUGCACAAGUCCAAGUUGAUGCCGAGGAAGAUCUAAAAAGAAUUAAACUUCCCAAAGACUACAUGAUGUCGAAUGGUUAUAAACCCGCACCACUAGAGCUUUCUGAAGUGAAACUGACACCUGGUCAGGAGGUUCUGGUUGAUAAACUGGCUGAAAACGCUCACAACGUUUGGGCCAAAGAUCGCAUCAAGCAAGGAUGGACCUAUGGUAUUCAGCAGGAUUUGAAGAGCAGACGCAAUCCUCGGCUGGUGCCAUAUGCUUUGUUAGACGAACGCACGAAGAAAUCCAACAGAGACAGCCUUCGAGAGGCAAUACGAACACUAAUUGGAUAUGGAUACAACAUCGACCCCCCUGACCAAGAGACUGCCAAUGUGAUAGAGAAGCUGAAUGUUGAAAAUAUCCGUUUCUUCCGUGUGGAGAAGACGUAUGCAGUGACAUCGGGGAAGUGGUAUUUUGAGUUUGAGGCUGUGACUGGAGGAGAAAUGUGUGUGGGCUGGGCUCGUCCUGGCUGUAGACCCGACAUCGAACUUGGCUUGGAUGACCAGGCCUUCGUUUUUGAUGGCUGUCGAGGUCGGCGGGUACAUAUGGGCAGUCACUUUUUUGGAAGAUCAUGGAACAAGGGUGACGUGGUGGGGUGCAUGAUUAACAUGGAAGACAAGUCCAUGAUCUUCACCCUCAAUGGAGAGAUCCUUAUCACCAACAGGGGCUCUGAACUCUGCUUUGCCGACUUUGACACAGAAGGAGGGUUCAUCCCAGUCUGCAGCUUGGGUCUCUCACAGAUAGGCCGCAUGAACCUGGGCAAGGAUGCAAGCACCUUUAAGUACUACACCAUGUGUGGCCUGCAGGAAGGUUUUGAACCUUUUGCUGUUAAUAUGAACCGAGACGUCACCAUGUGGUUCAGCAAACGUCUUCCCACGUUUGUCAAUGUGCCAGAGGACCACAAGCACAUUGAGGUGACUAGAAUUGAUGGGACUGUGGACACACCACCGUGUCUGAAAGUAACCCACAGGACCUUUGGGACACAGGCUAGCAAUAACGACAUGAUCUACUGCCGACUGAGCAUGCCAGUUGAGUUUUAUCCAGGUCCAAGGAAGACCACAAACAUUAACGAGGUAAUCGCUGAUGACCAAAAUGUCAAGAAAGACGACAGCGGAAAAACAGAUUAUGGAAGCAUUACAAAGUACUUCUACUCUGUGAGAGUGUUUGCAGGACAGGAUCCAGCUGCAGUAUGGGUGGGCUGGGUAACCCCUGACUAUCACUACUACAGCAAACACUUCAGCCUGAACAAGGUCCGAACAGUGACAGUAACUCUCGGGGACGAGCGAGGCCGUGUGCAUGAAAGUGUGAGGAGGAGUAAUUGCUACAUGGUGUGUGCUGGAGAGAUUUCCAACAGCUCCUCUGGACGCAGUAAUACUGACCUGGAAAUCGGCUGCCACAUUGACCUGGCCUCUGGUCUCGUCUCAUUCACUGCCAAUGGCAAUGAGCUGCCCACUGCUUAUCAGGUUGAGCCCAACACAAAACUGUUCCCUGCUGUAUUUAUUGAGCCCACAAGCCCCAACCUGUUCCAGUUUGAAUUUCCAAAGAUUCAGGAUGCAAUGCCCUUGUCAUCAGCCAUUUUCAAGAGCUUACACCGUAACCCGGAGCCCCAGUGUCCUCCACGGCUGGAUGUGCAGACCAUUGUAUCUGUUCUGUGGAGCAGAAUGCCCAAUUCCUUCCUCUCAGUAGAGACAGCGCGGGUCAGUGAGAGGCAUGGCUGGGUGGUGCAGUGUCUGGAACCUCUACAGAUGAUGGCAGUACACAUUCCUGAGGAGAACAGGUGCAUUGACAUCAUGGAGCUCUCUGAGAAUGAGGACCUGCGGAUGUUCCAUUACCAGACUUUGAAGCUCUACUGCGCUCUCUGUGCUCUGGGAAACACUCGUGUAGCCCAUGCCCUCUGCAGUCACCUUGAUCAGUCUCAGCUCCUCUACACUAUCGAUAACCAGUAUUUGACUGGGCAGCUGCGAGAGGGUUUCUACGAUGUUCUCAUCAGCAUCUGCCUGGAGACGGCUAAAGAAGCUCGCCUCAUGAUGAACAACGAGUUCAUCAUUCCCGUAACUGACGAGACCCGAAGCAUUCGCCUCUUCCCUGACGAAUCCAAGCGUCACUCUUUGCCUGGCGUGGGUCUCAGCACCUCGCUCACCCCUCGCCUCAACUUUAACCCUCCGUGCUUCAUUACCACCAAGCGGGAGCACACCUACAGCCCCCAGAUCCCCCUGGGCAUCCUGAAGGAGAAAGCUAUCAGCAUGUUGACGGAGGCGGUGCAGGGCGGUGGCACCCAUAUCCGAGACCCAGUGGGUGGCAGUGUGGAGUACCAGUUUGUGCCCAUUCUUAAACUGAUUGGCACUCUGUUGAUCAUGGGUGCUUUGACCAGCGAAGAAGUGAGGCUGAUACUGCUUCUUAUCGAGCCCAACGUGUUUGCAGACAACAAAGAGGAGGAGAAACCUGCAGCAGAGGAGGCUGUGGAGAAGGAGGAGGCCAGCAGCAACGAGGAGAAAACUGUGGAGGCUGGAGAAGAGGAAAGUAAGGACUCCAAGCAGGCCCCUAAAGGACUUCUGGAGAAGAGUCUACCUGAGCCAGUCAAGCGUCAAAUGUGUGAACUGCUGAAUUAUUUCUGUGACUGUGAGCUGAAGCAGCGUAUUGAGGCCAUUGUGGCCUUCUCAGAUCACUUUGUGGCCAAGCUACAAUACAACCAGAAAUUCCGCUACAAUGAACUCAUGCAAGCCUUCAACAUGUCUGCUGCAGUCACUGCAAAGAAGACCAAGGAAUUCCGCUCUCCUCCUCAAGAGCAGAUUAACAUACUACUGAACUUUAGUGCUGGAGAGGACUGCCCCUGCCCUGAGGAAAUCCAAGAGGAGCUUCAGAACUUCCAUGAUGACCUGCGACUGCACUGCGGCAUUCCCAUGGAAGAAGAAGAGGAAGAGCAGGAUACCUCUAUCAAAGGUCGUCUGCUUUCCCUGUUGUACAAAAUCAAAGGUCGCCCACAGAAAACUGAGGAGGAGCCUUCUGAGCAAGAACAAGCAACUCCAACUAACCUGAAGGAGCUGAUCUCUCAGACGAUGGUGAGCUGGGCUCAAGAGUGCACCAUCCAGGACCCGGAGCUGGUGCGCAUCAUGUUCAGCCUGCUGAGGAGGCAGUAUGAUGGCAUUGGAGAGCUGCUGCGCGCCAUGCGGAAGAGCUACACCAUCAGCGAAAAGUCUGUGCAGGAUGCCAUCAACCUGCUGGCAUCCCUGGGCCAGAUUCGCUCGCUGCUUAGCGUCCGCAUGGGUGAAGAAGAGGGUCAGCUUAUGAUCGAUGGCUUGGGGGAUAUUAUGAACAACAAAGUGUUUUACCAGCAUCCAAAUCUGAUGCGUGUUCUGGGCAUGCAUGAGACAGUCAUGGAGGUCAUGGUCAACGUGCUCGGAGGCGACAAGUCUAAGGAGAUUGCUUUCCCCAAAAUGGUGGCCAGCUGCUGCCGCUUCCUCUGUUACUUCUGCCGCAUCAGCCGUGAGAAUCAGAAAGCCAUGUUUGACCACCUGAGCUACCUGCUGGAGAACAGCAGCGUAGGACUGGCCUGUCCAGCCAUGAGGGGCUCCACUCCACUGGAUGUGGCUGCAUCCUCAGUGAUGGACAACAACAGUCUGGCUCUGGCUUUAGAAGAGCCAGACCUGGAAAAGGUGGUGACAUACUUGGCUGGUUGUGGGCUCCAGAGCUGCCCAAUGCUUGUAGCCAAGGGAUACCCUGACAUCGGCUGGAAUCCCAUAGAAGGAGAGCGCUACCUGUCCUUCCUCCGAUUUGCUGUCUUUGUCAACGGUGAAAGUGUGGAGGAGAAUGCUAAUGUGGUGGUGAAGCUGUUGAUCAGGCAUCCUGAGUGCUUUGGGCCAGCUCUGAGGGGAGAGGGUGGACAGGGUCUUCUGGCUGCCAUGUUGGAGGCCAUUAAGAUCUCGGAGGAUCCCACACUAGACCUGCCUAAUCUGCCUGAAGGAGGAGGACCUGUGAUCGGGGAGGACAGGGAGGAGGAAGAGGUUGCGCACAUGGGCAACUCCAUCAUGUCCUUCUACUCAGCCCUCAUCGAUCUGCUGGGACGCUGUGCCCCUGAGAUGCAUUUAAUUAACAAGGGCAAAGGUGAAGCUUUGCGUAUUCGUGCCAUCUUGCGCUCACUGGUGCCUACCAAAGACUUAGUGGGCAUUAUCAGCAUACCUCUCAAAGUUCCUGUCAUCAACAAAGAUGGCACUGUGACAGAGCCAGACAUGAAUUCAAGUUUCUGGCCAGACCACAAAUCCCCAAUGGUGCUCUUCCUGGACCGUGUCUAUGGUAUCGAGGACCAAAGCUUCCUUCUGAACCUGGUGGAGGUGGGCUUCCUGCCUGACCUGCGUGCCUCUGCCUCUCUGGACACGGAGGUGCUGAGUACCACAGAGACAGCCUUGGCCAUGAACAGGUAUAUAGGUUCAGCCGUUCUUCCACUGUUGACCCGCUGUGCCUCGCUCUUCGCUCAUACAGAGCACUACGCCCAGCUUGUUGACUCCACACUUCACACGAUCUACCGGCUAUCUAAAGGCCGCUCACUCACCAAAGCCCAGAGAGACUCCAUAGAGGAGUGCCUGCUUGCCAUCUGCCAGCACCUGCGGCCUUCUAUGCUGCAGCAGCUCCUGCGCCGCCUCGUUUUUGAUGUGCCACAACUCACAGAAUACUGCAAGAUGCCUAUAAAGCUUUUGACCAAUCAUUAUGAGCAGAAUUGGAAAUAUUACUGCCUGCCUUCCGGCUUAGGGAGCUAUGGCAUGGCUUCCGAGGAGGAGCUCCACCUCACCAAGAAACUCUUCUGGGGUCUUUUUGAUGCCCUUUCUCAGAAGAAAUACGAUUCAGAGCUUUUCAAAAUGGCCAUGCCGUGUCUGAGUGCCAUAGGUGGAGCUCUUCCACCAGACUACGUAGAUACGAGCCCAACCACUACUUUGGUGAAACAGGUCUCUGUGGAUACUCAGGGCAACUUUGAUCCCAAACCCAUCAACACUGCCAAUAUCUCCUUGCCCGAAAAAUUGGAAUACAUUGCCAAUAAGUAUGCUGAACACUGCCAUGAGAAAUGGUCUUCUGAGAAGUUUGCACAAGGCUGGACUGCAGGGGAGAAGGUGAAUGAACAAGCUAAAACUCAUCCUCUGCUGAAACCAUAUAAAGCACUGAGUGAGAAGGAUAGGGAAACCUACCGCUACCCAGUGAAGGAGUCUCUGAAGAGCAUGCUGGCUAUGAGCUGGAACAUUGAGAGGACCAAAGAGGGAGAGGCCAUGUUCCAGCAGCGUGAGACAGAGAAGCUCAAGACAACAGAGCCUUCCCAGGGUGAUGGAUUUAACCCAACCCCUGUGGAUUUGGAUAAUGUAAUCCUAUCCAGAGAGUUACAGAGUAUGGUGGAGACCGUAGCAGAGAAUUACCACAACAUUUGGGCAAAGAAGAAGAAAAUGGAACUCAGCAGCAAAGGAGGUGGAACUCAUCCUCUGCUGGUGCCAUAUGAUACCCUCACAGCUAAGGAGAAGUAUAGAGACCGAGAGAAGGCACAGGAGCUCUUCAAAUUUUUGCAACUCAAUGGCUACGCACUUAGCAGAGGUUUUAAAGAUAUGGAGCAGGACUCUUCCUCGAUGGAAAAGAGAACUGCCUACAAGUUCCUUAAAAGGCUGCUAAGCUACGUGGACUCUGCACAGGAGUUCAUAGCACAUCUUGAGGCUAUGGCCAGCAGUGGAAAAACAGACAAAUCUCCUCACGAACAAGAGAUUAAGUUCUUUGCAAAGGUCUUGCUGCCUCUGAUUGAUCAGUACUUUAAGAACCACUGCCUUUACUUCCUGUCCUCCCCCAGCAUCAGUUUAAGCAGCAGUGGCUACGCUUCUAACAAAGAAAAGGAGAUGAUCACCAGCCUCUUCUGCAAGCUGGCAUCUCUUGUCAGGCACAGAAUUUCUCUGUUUGGUAGUGACUCUGCCACAAUGGUGAGCUGUCUGCACAUCUUGGCAUGUUCACUAGACUUCAGGACAGUGAUGAAGUCUGGCUCAGAGCUGGUGAAGGCAGGAGUGAGGACGUUCUUUGAGAAUGCAGCAGAAGACCUGGAAAAAACCAUGGAGAACCUGAAGCUGGGAAAGCUGGGCCAGUCACGAACCCAGAUGAAAGGAGUUGCACAGAUCAUCGUCUACACCUCAACGGCUCUUUUGCCCAUUCUUACUGCUCUUUUCCAGCACGUCACUCAACACCAGUUUGGAGUGGACUUGCUGUUGGAUGAUGUUCAGUUGUCCUGCUAUCGCAUCCUGACCAGUCUCUACUCCUUGGGCACUGGCAAGAACAGCUAUGUUGAGAAACAGCUCCCUGCACUAGGGGAGUGUUUGGCCACUCUUGUGGGUGCCAUGCCAGUGGCUUUCCUGGAGCCUGAUCUGAACAUGCACAACCCCUGCUCUGUCUUCAACACAAAAACACCUCGAGAGCGAGCAAUUCUGAGCAUGCCUGACACAGUGGAGGAAAUGUGUCCUGAGAUGCCUCGUCUGGACGGCCUCAUGAAGGACAUCCAUGAUAUCUCAGAGUCUGGGGCGCGCUACACUGAUAUGCCACACGUCAUUGAGGUCAUCCUGCCCAUGUUGUGUAACUAUCUUUCAUACUGGUGGGAAAAAGGCCCUGAGAACUCACCGAGUGAUAUGGACUGCUGUACCACCGUCACCUCAGAGCACCUCAGCCUUAUCCUGGGGAACAUCCUAAGGAUCCUCAACAACAACCUGGGCAUUGAAGAAGCCUCCUGGAUGAAGAGGCUUGCGGUGUACACUCAGCCAAUCAUUAGCAAGGCAGGAGCAGACCUCCUGCGAACUCAUUUCCUUCCCACACUGGAAAAGCUGAAGAAGAAGACAGUGAAGGUGGUGUCUGAAGAGGAGCUGCUGAGGGCAGAGAGCAGGGCUGAUACUCAGGAGGCUGAACUGCAGAUUUUAGAUGAAUUUGCUGUUCUCUGCAGAGACCUGUAUGCCUUUUACCCCAUGCUCAUCCGCUAUGUGGACAACAACAGGUCUAAAUGGCUGAAGAAACCUCAUGCAGAUUCAACGGAGCUGUUUAAAAUGGUGGCAGAGAUUUUCAUCCUCUGGUGUAAAUCUCAUAAUUUCAAAAGAGAGGAACAAAACUUUGUGGUUCAAAAUGAAAUCAACAACCUGGCCUUCCUUACUGGAGAUAGCAAGAGCAAGAUGUCAAAGUCAGGAGGCCAGGAUCAGGAGAGAAGAGGGAAGAAGAGGAAAAGGGAAUUGUACUCUGUUCAGACGUCCCUAAUCGUAUCCGCUCAUAAGAAGUUGCUGCCCAUUGGUCUUAAUAUGUGCACCCCUGGAGAUCAGAUGCUUAUCUCUCUGGCCAAGAUUCGUUACUGUCUGAAAGACACAGAUGAUGAAGUGAAGGAUCACCUGAAACAGAACCUCCAUCUUCAAGAGAAGUCAGAGGAUCCAGGAGUACAGUGGCAGCUGAACCUCUACAAGGAUGUGGAAAUGAAGAGUGAGGAGGCUUCAGAUGUUGAACACACUGUAGAAAGAAUACAAGGGAUCUCGGCUGCUGUGUUCCAUUUGGAGCAGGUGGAACUGCCUCUUAGGAACAAGAAACUGGUGGCGCAGAAGCUGCUGUCCAAGCAACGCAAGCGAGCUGUGGUCGCCUGCUUCCGUAUGGCCCCACUGUAUAACCUGCCUAGGCAUCGCUCUAUUAAUCUCUUCCUCACGGGCUAUCAGAGACUUUGGAUAGUAGCAGAGGAGUACUCCUUUGAGGAGAAGCUAGUGCAGGACCUGGCAAAAACACCCAUGGUUGUGGAAAAGGAGGAGGAGGAAGCAGAAGCUGAGGUUCAGCCAGAUCCUCUCAACCAGCUCAUCCUUCACUUCAGUCACAAUGCCCUCACUGAGAGAAGCUUCCUUGAAAUAGAUCCUUUGUAUAUUGCAUAUGCUGAUAUGAUGGCAAAGAGCUGUGCCGAAGAUGAAGAGGAGGAGGAAGAGGGUAAAGAAAAGACAUUUGAGGAGAAGGAAAUGGAGAAGCAGAAAACUCUGUACCAGCAGGCCAGGCUGCACGCCCGUGGAGCUGCUGAGAUGGUGCUCCAGAUGAUCAGUGCCAGCAAAGGGCGGCUUGGACCCAUGGUGACUUGUACUCUAAAACUUGGAAUAUCAAUUCUUAAUGGAGGCAACGUGGUUGUUCAACAGAAAAUGCUGGACUACUUGAAAGAAAAAAGAGAUGCUGGAUUUUUCAAAAGUUUAUCUGGACUCAUGAUGUCUUGCAGUGUGCUGGACUUGAAUGCAUUUGAGAGACAAAAUAAGGCAGAGAGCCUUGGCAUGGUAACUGAAGAAGGGUCAAUCAACGUGAGUGAGCGGGGUUCCAAAGUGCUACAAAACGAUGACUUUACAAAGGAUUUAUUUAGGUUUUUGCAGCUUCUCUGUGAGGGCCACAACAAUGAUUUCCAAAACUUCCUGCGAACUCAGACAGGAAACACAACCACAGUUAAUAUCAUUAUCAGCACAGUGGACUACCUGCUACGUCUACAGGAGUCCAUAAGUGAUUUUUACUGGUAUUAUUCUGGAAAAGAUAUCAUUGAUGAGCAAGGACAGCGUAACUUCUCCAAAGCCUUGGCAGUAGCCAAACAGAUCUUCAACUCACUGACUGAGUACAUUCAGGGCCCUUGUAUUGGGAAUCAGCAGAGUCUUGCUCACAGCAGAUUGUGGGAUGCAGUGGUUGGAUUCCUGCAUGUCUUUGCCAACAUGCAAAUGAAACUAUCACAGGACUCUAGCCAGAUUGAGCUGCUAAAGGAACUGAUGGAUUUGCAGAAGGAUAUGGUGGUUAUGAUGUUAUCUCUACUAGAGGGUAAUGUGGUGAAUGGAACCAUCGGCAAGCAGAUGGUCGACACUCUAGUGGAGUCCUCAAGCAACGUAGAAAUGAUCCUCAAAUUCUUCGACAUGUUCCUGAAAUUGAAGGAUCUUACUACCUCUGACAACUUCAAAGAGUAUGACCCCGAAGGAAAAGGAAUGAUUUCUAAGAAGGAGUUCCAGAAGUCUAUGGAAAGCCAAAAGCAAUACACACAGUCCGAGAUCGAGUUUCUCCUCUCCUGCACUGAAGCAGAUGAAAAUGACAUGUUCAACUACGCUGAGUUUGUGGAACGCUUCCAUGAGCCUGCCAAGGACAUUGGCUUCAAUGUGGCCGUGCUGCUCACCAACCUGUCCGAGCACAUGCCACACGAUUCACGUCUGGGCACCUUCCUGGACCUGGCUGAGAGCGUGCUCAGCUACUUUGAGCCUUACUUGGGCCGUAUUGAGAUCAUGGGUGGCGCCAAGCGGAUUGAGCGAGUCUACUUUGAGAUCAGUGAGUCCAGCAGGGAGCAGUGGGAGAAGCCCCAGGUCAAAGAGUCCAAGCGACAGUUUAUCUUCGACGUGGUCAAUGAGGGAGGCGAGAGCGAGAAAAUGGAGAUGUUUGUGAACUUCUGCGAGGACACCAUCUUUGAGAUGCAGCUGGCUUCUCAGAUAUCUGAACAAGACGCUGCAGAGCGGCCCGAGGAAGAGGAGGAGGAGCUGCAGAGUCUGUUGGAGGAACUGGCUGAAGGCGAAGAUGGCUCCCAAGAGUCAGCCUCAGCAUUUACACUCGCCUGCACCUCUGUGAAGAAGAAAAUGUCCAAUUUCCGUCAGAUGCUGACCAUUAAGAGCAUGCGUAAACAGUUCAAGAAGUUCAAGAAAUUGACCAUUAAAGAAAUGAUCACCGGCUUCUUCUCUUUCUUCUGGAUGCUCUUCACUGGAUUCUUCAAAGGCAUUUUCGGCCUGAUCUUUGGAUUCUUCCAUAUUAUAUGGUCCUCGAUGUUUGGAGGAGGUCUCGUUGAGGGGGCCAAAAACAUGAAGGUCACAGACAUCUUGGGCAACAUGCCAGAUCCCACACAGUUCGGAAUACACGGGGAUGUACUGGAGGCAGAAAAAAUGGAGAGUAGUGACUUUGUAGUGUCUACAGAAAUGGUCCAAAUGGCUGGUGCAGGGGACAAAAUGGAGCCCGAUUCCAUUAUAGAUCUAAUAAAUCCGGCGCCGAAGAGAGAGGGAAAGCAUGGACCUGAGACUGGACUGGGAGAUGUGUCUGAGAUCAUGACAGAAGUCAGCCAACCUGUCGAAAAGAAGAAAAGCCAGAAAGCCGCUACUGAGGAGUCAGAACCAGAGAAAGCAGACACCGAGCACCAGGAAAAAGAGGACAAGGCCAAGGAGGAAAAGCCUGAAGAGCCAGUAGUGGAGGAGAAGCCGGCCCCAAGAAAACGCCAUGGCACAGCAAAAGAGGCAGCUCCUGCUUUCAUGGCCAGCUUCUUCGCUGGCUUAGAGGUCUACAAGACCAAGAUGCUGAACUACUUGGCUCGUAAUUUCUACAACCUCCGUAUGCUGGCUUUGUUAGUGGCGUUCGCGAUCAACUUCAUCCUGCUCUUCUACAAGGUGUCUGGUGAAACUGAAGAGGAGGAGGAAGAUGAAAGUCCAUGGGGUGGUGACGAUGAGGAUGAGGAUGGUGGCGGUAUGGAAUUUUUUGUACUUCAGGAGAGCACUGGUUAUAUGGCACCCACUCUGACGUUCCUGGCUGUACUGCACACCAUCAUUUCACUACUGUGUGUGGUGGGGUAUUAUUGCCUUAAGGUUCCCUUGGUGGUGUUCAAGCGAGAGAAGGAGAUUGCAAGAACGCUGGAGUUUGAUGGCUUGUACAUCACUGAACAGCCCUCUGAUGAUGACAUUAAAGGACAGUGGGAUCGCUUGGUGAUUGCUACUCCGUCAUUCCCCAACAAUUACUGGGACAAAUUUGUGAAGAGAAAGGUAAUCAACAAAUAUGGGGAUUUGUAUGGAGCUGAGCGCAUCGCUGAGCUUCUCGGUCUGGAUAAGAGUGCACUUGACUUUGAUCCCACUGAGGAGGCUGUGGUGAAGGAGGCGUCUUUGCUGUCCUGGUUGAGCUCUAUUGAUACCAAGUACCAUAUCUGGAAAAUGGGAGUUGUCCUUACUGACAACUCUUACCUCUACCUGAUCUGGUACACCACCAUGUCUAUUCUGGGACACUACAACAACUUCUUCUUUGCUGCUCACUUGCUGGACAUUGCCAUGGGCUUCAAGACCUUGAGGACCAUCCUGUCCUCUGUGACUCACAACGGCAAACAGCUGGUGUUGACUGUGGGUCUGCUGGCGGUGGUGGUCUACCUGUACACUGUGGUGGCUUUCAACUUUUUCCGCAAGUUCUACAACAAAAGCGAGGAUGAGGAUGCGCCUGACAUGAAGUGUGAUGAUAUGAUGACUUGCUACCUGUUCCACAUGUAUGUGGGCGUGAGAGCUGGCGGUGGUAUUGGUGACGAGAUCGAGGACCCAGCUGGAGACCCUUACGAGCUUUACCGCAUCCUGUUCGACAUUACCUUCUUCUUCUUCGUCAUCGUCAUCCUACUGGCCAUCAUUCAGGGUUUGAUCAUUGAUGCCUUUGGCGAAUUGAGAGACCAGCAGGAGCAAGUAAAGGAGGACAUGGAGACUAAAUGCUUCAUCUGCGGCAUUGGGAAUGACUACUUUGACACCACACCGCACGGCUUUGAGACUCACACCUUACAAGAGCACAACCUUGCCAACUACCUAUUCUUCCUGAUGUAUCUCAUUAACAAAGAUGAGACUGAACACACGGGUCAGGAGUCUUAUGUUUGGAAGAUGUAUCAGGAGAGAUGCUGGGACUUCUUCCCUGCUGGAGACUGUUUCCGCAAGCAAUAUGAGGACCAGCUGGGCUAAAGGGAACCGUUACAGCCCUCAGCCCAAACACCAGAGAACGAGAGAAAACUCCAACCUGAACAAGAACCUCAAACUAGCUCCAAAUCACAUGCUGCUUACAUUUCCUUACUGAUUCAAAAGCACGACUACAAGACUUGAGACUAAGAACUUCACUUUGGAUAAAGCGAAAAAACAUCAAGCCAAAAAAAACGAAUAUAUAUGAAAAAUGUGAACACAAAAUAAUGUAAACACACAAGGACACACACAACGUCCAAUCUGCCAAAACAUCAUGUACGAUAUAUUUUGAAGAACAGUAGUUCUUUUGAUGUUUUGCUUCCUUUUUCAUCUUCUGAAUCUCACAAGCUGCACAAAGAGACGUGUGAACAGACAUUACAGGAACACUUCAUCCAAAAACGCUGACAGUGAAUGAGCAUGGCUAUCAAUGGUGUGAAAGCUUGUCUGGACCUUUUAGUGUCUUAAUUACUAGUAACCUUUCAGUACAAGCAGCGUUAGUAUUUUUGAGUUAAGUAUUCCUUCAAUGUGAGUUAUUUUAGUGAAUGUCUUGACACAAAAUAUGCACAAAAUGACUUUCUUGGUAUUCACUGAUGCAGAACUAAAGACUUAAGCUCGUCUUAUGACAAAGAACACGAUGUAGAAUGUACAAUGCCUUUUGAGAUGGCUAACCAAACUGCAGGAUGAGGAACUGAAUGCAGAACAGAAUAUAGAUCCUUGAGUCCACUAAAGCAGUGUUUCUCAACCCUGGUCCUCACAUUUUAGUGCUUUCCCUGUUCCCAACAUACCUGAUUCAAUUGCUUAUUAAAAAGCACUGGGAGUGUUAAAGCAGGAAAACCUCUAAAAUGUGCAGAGUAGGGUGCCUCCAGAACCAGGAUUGAGAAACACUGCAUUAGAGGAACUUCUCAAGAGUCAAAGUGCCUUAUGAUGAAACCUAUGCAAAUCUCAUAUGUGCAGAGAGCCUGUACUUUAGUUUAGAACGACAGGCAGUCUUAACCUAGUAUAGUUUUGUGAAAUGAGUUGUUUUAAGUACAGAACACAACUGCUGUUACAUUAAGUUUCUUUUUAAUAGCAGAAACAUGCUUGGCCGAACAUCUCCAUAAGAGAAUCCAAUGCUAAGGAUAUUACAGUAACAAAUGUACUGGAUGAAAAUGAAACAAAAUCAUCAACCACUAUUGUAUGGCCACUUGUGAAUUGAAAUGUAUUUUAUUUGGGGAAAGGGAAAAACAAUAAAGUAAGCAAUGCAAUAAAUCCCACCUCAUUUACUGCACUGAUAA